AUGGGUAAAAUUUCUGUUAUUAUUGUAGCUGUUGCUAUCGCUGUAUUUAUCGUUACUACUAUUGAUGCGACGACACUGAAGGACGAUUGUUUAAGUGUUUGUCAAGAUGGUGCUAAAGAUAUGGGCGGAUUUUGUCCGAAAUUAAAAGCAGUUUUACGUGAAGCAUGUAAGUUAAUUGCACAUGGUCCUCAACUUACUAGUGCGUUGUGUACAGACUUUUGCAAUACGAAACUUUAA